CAGAAUAAUUGCAUCCCUAUAAACACAAUGAAUAAUCAUCCAAGGGCAUUAUAGCAAUUUCAUUCAAUUUGACCCCGUGACGUGCUCAUGCGGGUCGAUUCGCUUGUUUAAGGCACACGCCCACGCGUGGAAUAUGAACUCUUACCCUAACCCACCUGUAUGGUCCUCUGCAAAUUCUAAAAUUUAAGGUUUCAAAAAUGGUUUCUGAAGCUGCUGAUUCGGACAGUGAUCAUGUAAAUGUGGUUGCUAGGUUGCAUCCCAAUAAAAAGAACCCUGGAAAAGUUCCAAGGAAAAUUCAUAAAGCCGAGAGGGAAAAGCUGAAACGAGACCACAUGAAUGUUCUUUUCUUGGAGCUUGGCAAGGCUCUUGAACCAGAAUAUCCGAACAACGGAAAGGCGUGUAUACUAAAAGAUUCGAUUCGACUACUGGGAGAAUUGUUUACACGGGUCGACAGUCUUAAAAAGGAGCACACUACUCUGCUGUCUGAAUCUAAUUAUGUUACAAAUGAGAAAAACGAGCUCGAAGAGGAAAAUGCUGCCCUUGAAGCACAAAUUAAGAGGCUGCAGGGCCAGAUAGACGAAAAGGUUCAUUUGCAGGACGCAAGUAUUUCUCGACUGGAAAACAGCGCUAUCUUACAACUGCCAGAAGAUCAUCCUACAUUCCCUCUAGCUGGACAUGCACCGCAGACGACGUCGAUUAUGGGUCCUGUAUACGUCAUGCCACUACAACCCGACUCCCUACUGUAUGCCGGGUCGGGGUCCCAUGCUGAUGUGAAUCUACCUGCUCCACCAUCGAAUGUGAGCAAGCCGCGCCCUCGUUAUCCUUCAUCUUCGGAUUCUUGGCCAUCUAAUAUUCUCACCGUACAGCCAAAUGUUGCUGAACAGAUCUGAUAAACUAGAGGUAGGCUAGGUACGAGGAGACUGAGGCUUUUGUAAUGUAUUGAAAUUGCUUCAAUUUGAUUCUUGGGAUUUAGAAUGCAAGUCUAUAUUGUAAAUGAUGAUUCGUAUGUGAACUUUAGCUUGGCUUCUGAAUGGAAUUCUUUUGAGUCCUUUGAUUUUUCUAUGAAUAAAGCUGAACAAACAAGGUCAAA